AUGCUAUGGAAAAACUAUUCAAGGGCUUUAUAUAAAACGAUGGGGAGAACAGGUCUAAAAAAAAUAUUUGUGAAAUAUAGAAGAACAAAAAAAAAUGUCAAAUUACUUUUUAAUUUUGUUUAUAGAAACUACUACUUCAAUAAAAUUUUAAGGAAAUCAAUCAAAAACUUUAUUAAUUUAUAUGUUCAAUAUAUAUAUAAUGCAUUUGCAAAUUUUUAUCAUAAGUACUGUAAUGCUAGUAAUAUAAAAUUAUAUAUUUAUCAGAUUUUCUUUAAUAAUAAAAUUGAAAAUAGAAGGAAAGUAAAGAAAAAAAAUCAAAUGAAGGAAGCAAAUUAUGAAGAUGUGAAUAACCAGAAAAGAAAAAAGAAUAAAAAAUUAAUAAAAAGUAAUACAUAUAAAUCUAUAGAAGAUUUAUGUAGAACUAAACCAAAUGAUCAUUAUAUAAUUACUUUGUAUAAUGGAACUCAUUUACAGAAUGAUCAUAUGAACUCUUCAGUUUCGAAAAAUAAAACAUUCAAGUGUAAAUCAAAUGAUAGUACAACACACUCAAGUGAUUAUAGCAGGAAUUAUGAGAAUAAUGAUGAAAUAAAUAGUAGUUCAUGUUUAGAAAAUGAAAUAUUAUCUUUUGAAACACUAGAAUAUGACGAAGAUGAAGCAAAUGAGAUUAUAAAAAAUUGUUAUCUAUAUAAUGGUUAUGUAGAUGCAAGUACUUAUAAAAAUUCUGACGAAUAUAAAUUUUUAAAGGAUCACAUAAAACCUGAAAAAAAAAGUUAUGUAAACAUAGAUAUUGAUAUGUCAUCACAAUGUUAUGAUGAACAGGUUGAAAAUUAUUAUGAAAAGGAUAAGGAACAAAUAGAUCAAAGUGAUAAGGAAAAUAAAAAUAUAUUAAGGAAAAGAAAGAAAUUAAAACAAAAAAGAAUAUAUGAAAUAUAUAAUUCAGAAAUAACCAAUAAAGAAAAUAUGUAUUACGAAAAUUAUUUAAAUGAAAAUUAUACAUCAUCUUAUAAUUACACUAGCGAAGAUAGCAAUGAUUACAGCUGCAGUACAUUUACUGAUAAUGAAUUGGAAGAUAACUUUAUUAUAGGUUUGUAUGGAAAUAAUUUUAGAUGCAGUUUUAAUAGUGAUAGUUGUGAUAAUAGUGAAAUAUCAUAA